AUGAAUGAGCAAAAUGAAGGAAUUUUGGAAGAUGCUCUUUUUUCUUUCUUCAAAAUAAGUGAAAAAAAUUAUAGCAUGAAUCUCUUUUUAGAUAGCCAACUCUUAGGCAGAAUUAUUUCUCUCCUAGACUAUCAAAACUUUAAAAUCAGUUAUUUUGCUUUAAAAAAUAUUGGAAAUUCUUCAACUCAAAAAUUGAGCCCAGAUAGUGUCAUAAAUACAGGGCUAUUUUUAAAGUUAACUCGAUUAAUAGAUUAUAAUAAGGAGAGUAUGAGAAAAGAGGCAUAUUGGACAUUAUCAAAUUUAGCUGCAGAUAGCAGUAUCUAUUUUAGUCACUUUAUAAGUGCAAAUGUUUUUGAAAAAUUAAGAAAUACAUUAAAAAUGAUACAAAACUAUUGCAAAAGAAGCCAUCUGAGUAUUUUGCAAUAUUUCUAG